AUGUCGAGUCGAGGUUCAAAGUCCGAUAAGCAAAGUAGCAAGGGUGAGGCACCCAAACCGAAAGAAAGUGAUGUGGUUAAAGAUGGUGAAAAGAACGGUGAUGAUGAUGGUAGUGGUGAUGUGGUACUGGUGGAUGAGGUGGAGAAAACUGUCGAUGGACAAACCUGUAGGGGCUGUGGAGGACCUGACACUGAUGACAUGGUUCAAUGUGAUGAGUGCGACGGAUGGCAUCACUACGACUGCGUUGGAGUAACGGAUGAAGUUGUCAACCAGAGCUGGAGUUGCACCAACUGCAAGACCGCAAAAUGGAUCCAGCGAACUACGCCGACUUCGAAGAAACAAUCAACGCAGAAAGAUGCCAGGAAGGAGCUCACACCCAAACGUACUUUGUCGGUCAAGGAAGUCUCAGGAACGACGCUUGUUCGCGAUGGCAAAUCUAAGAAGUCCACUCAUUCCGAGCCGCUACUACCGUCGGAGAAGCAGAAGAAACCAGAAGCCGUGGAACGAAAGGAGAAAUUGUUCGUACCGUCAUUGGAAGGUCUCCCUGAAAUCCAGCUAAUCAAGGCGUUUUCGGAAGUUUCUUGUACGUCAUCGCAGAGAUCUGGGCGAAAUCGUGCCAAGUUACAGUUGUUGAGGCUACAUGAGGAAAGGGAAUUCGAAGAACGGCAAGCACAACGACGCAAGCAGGAAGAGCAGGAGGAAGCGGAGCGUCGACAGUUAGCAGAAGAGAAAGAAGCAGAACGUCGACGGGUGGCUGAACAUGAAGAAGCAGAAAAACACCGAGCAUACCUAGCCAAGAAGUACAAGAUUUUGGAGGACCUGGCUAGUGAAAAUGGAUCAAGUCGUAGCUCUGGUUCUAUAAUCUCACGAAGCCGGGUGGAUGAAUGGGUCGAAACGACCAAUUGUGUACAAUCGGAGAUUGCUAGGUGUACACCCGAUCCCGCCCAUCAAGAUCGAGCUUUGCAGGAGCAAAAACAGCACGAAAAGUUACUUCAUAAUCACCAUCAGCAGCAGCAACAGCAACAACGAAUGCAAGAGGAGCGGUUACAGCGGCAACGAAGGGAGGCGUUUCGGCAGUAUCAACAGCGGCAACGUGAAGAACAGCUGCAACAGGAGAAACGCGUGCAAGAGCAACAACAGCAGUUGCAUCAAGAAGAAGAACGCGUCAACCAAUUGUUGGAGCAACAGUUGGAACAGGAAAUACGUCUGCAGGAACGACAAGCGAAUCGUAUUCCAUCUCGUAAUCUGGAACCUUCCAGGCAUAUUCCAGAGCUGCAGCCCAAAUCUCAACCAGCAAAACGUGGAUCACAUAACCCUUAUCGGGACUUGGUGCAUGGGCAUUCCGGACACUUCAGUCCAGAUACUCUGCCUCAGUCAACACAAGUGCAAAUCGACCACCCGAGCAGGCCGGCUGUUGAUGCAAAUCGAUCGACCCACGCUGUACCUCGUGUCACACGUGCCCCAAGAUCUUCGGCAAGCCCCACGCCAAUGGAUGACUACGAUCAGUUCCAGCUUUCACGCUCACAAAUUGCGGCACGGCAAGCUGUUUCGAAGGACUUGCCUACGUUUUCCGGCAAUCCAGAAGAAUGGCCGAACUUCUUAUCCAUGUUCAAUAGCACGACAGCUAUGUGUGGAUUCUCGGAAGAGGAGAACCUGGUGCGACUGCAAAGGAGCUUGAAGGGGAAAGCUUACGAGGCCGUCAAGUGCAGACUGAUGCAUCCCGGUAACGUACAAGGAAUUAUGGAUACGUUACGGAUGUUGUACGGUCAACCAGAAGUCAUUGUUCACUCGCUGAUUGGGAAGAUAAGCUCACUACCAGCGAUUCGAGAGGAUCGACUGGAAACGUUGGUGGAUUUCGCAGUGAGCGUACAGAACUUUUGCGCUACAGUUGAGUCAUGUGGUUUGGAGGAGUAUAUGUACAACAUCACUCUGUUGCACCAGCUUGUCAGCAAACUACCACCAACAAUCAAGCUCAGUUGGGCUCAACAUCGGAAGACGCACCUGACAGUCAACUUAGCGAUCUUCGGCGAAUGGGUUUACACUCUAGCGGAAGCAGCAAGUUCGGUAACGUUUCCUACCGUAUCACUGGAAGCAAAACCUGGCCACAGCGAUAUUCGUCGGAGCAAAAAAGGAGACAGUUAUCUAAACGCGCACUCUGAGUCUACGGUUCCUCACAACCCGAAACCCAAUACGUCCUCAAAAGCUGCAGUAGAUCUUCCACCAACACCCACCAAGGAGACGUGUUUAGUAUGCAAAGGGAGCUGCAAAUCUGCGGACAAGUGCAAACAAUUUCGAGACUUGUCCAGGGAUUCCAGGUGGGCCGUAGUCAGGGAGUUUGGACUCUGCCGCACAUGCCUUCGCCAACACAAGGGAAACUGCAAGGCCAAACCUUGCGGCAAAGACGGAUGCACAUAUAGGCAUCACGAACUGCUACACAACGACCAGAACAGGAAUACUGAAAACAGCAACACUCAGAGCGGAAGCCACCAAUCGUCUCAACCUGAAGCUAGUAGCUCCGGACAUCGAUGCAAUACACAUCAGAUAACAUCAAGCUCUGUGCUGUUCCGCUACCUCCCGGUGGUGCUUUCAGGAUUAGGGAAGGAGGUACACACCUAUGCCUUUCUGGACGAAGGUUCUGCGCUGACACUGCUCGAUCAAGAACUGGCCGAUGAGCUCAACUUAAGUGGAACUUCGAGUCCACUCUGCCUACGAUGGACUGGGGGAACUCAACGCCACGAGAAGAAUUCUCGUAUUGUCAAGCUUCACAUUGCUGCAAGACAUCACGAAGCCAGGAAGUUCCAGCUAGACGAUGUGCGAACAGUUAACGAAUUAAUGCUGCCACAACAAACUCUAGACUUCAAUGAGCUAGUACGUCUGUAUCCUCACCUUGAGGGGCUGCCCGUCGAGUCACAUCACGACGCUCGUCCACGAAUCCUGAUAGGAAUGAAGCAUGCUCAACUGGGACUGACGCUGAAUAGCCGUGAAGGAGAACUAGGUCAACCGAUUGCGAUGAAGACCCGACUGGGAUGGACGAUAUGUGGAGGAUUGUGUUCCGGAGAAACGCCAAAUAUGUUCCACUAUACAUUCCACGUACGCUCCUGUAGCGAUGAAUCCGACGAAGGUCUACAUCUAGCCAUGAAAGAGUACUUUUCCCUCGAUAGUCUCGGAGUUAUGAAGCCAGACAAACUACUUCAGUCAUCCGAAGAUGAGAGAGCUCAGUCACUUCUAGAGUCCCGCACACGUUUCAAUGGCAAACGCUACGAGACAGGCUUACUGUGGCGAUACGAUGACAUCCGCUUGCCGGAUAGCCGCGAAAUGGCACUACGUCGUCAUCAGUCCUUGGAAAAACGUAUGGCGAAGGAUCAACAGCUGGCGGAAGUACUGCAUGAGAAGAUCAAGGACUACAUAGCAAAGGGAUACGUUCGCAAGCUUUCCGACGACGCAGUUAAGCAGCAAUCCGGUCACACUUGGUUUCUACCAGUAUUCCCAGUCACAAAUCCAAAUAAACCCGGAAAAGUGAGGAUAGUGUGGGACGCAGCAGCUAAGGCACACGGAAAGUCCCUGAAUUCCGCUCUGCUGAAAGGUCCGGAUCUACUUUCCUCUCUUCUUGCGAUUCUGCUUCGAUUCCGUCUGCAUCCGGUAGCAGUAACUGGAGACAUCCGCGAAAUGUUCCACCAGGUACUCAUUCGCGAGGAAGACCAACGAUACCAAUGCUUCUAUUGGUUAGACAAAGAAGGAAGGCUCGGGGUGUAUGCGAUGAGAGUCAUGACCUUUGGGGCGUGCUGUUCUCCGAGUAGCGCUCAAUAUGUGAAGAACAUUAACGCGGAGCGAUUCAAUAGUGACUAUCCAGCGGCGUACGAAGCAAUUACGAAAUCGCACUAUGUCGAUGACAUGUUGAUCAGCGUAGCUUCCGACGAAGAAGCAAUUCAGACAGCGAAGGACGUUAGACACGUUCACGCACAAGGUGGCUUUGAGAUACGGAACUGGAUCAGCAACUCUAAACGAGUGACGUCAGCGAUGCAAGAAAGAAGUACGGAGGAAAAAAGUCUGGAUAUAUCAUCAGAAUUGUCCACUGAAAAGGUCUUAGGCAUGUGGUGGAACACGAAGUCCGACGCCUUCACCUUCAAGGUUGGAUGGAACCGCUACGAUGGGGCUCUGCUGAAAGGUGAAAGACGGCCUACGAAACGCGAAGUUCUGCGUGUCCUCAUGACGAUAUACGAUCCCCUUGGACUGAUCGCGCACUUCUUAGCCUACCUGAAGAUGUUAUUGCAAGACAUCUGGCGAUCCGGUGUUAGCUGGGACGAGGGAAUAGACGACGAUGCGUUCACGAACUGGCUCACUUGGCUAAAAGUCUUGCCAAACGUCGAAAGCGUUCAGAUAGCUCGAUGCUAUUGUUCCGCAUACCUAAACAGCGAGGCCGAUGAGGUGCAGCUUCACACGUUCGUUGAUGCUGGCAAGAGCGGAAUGGCAGCUGUAUCAUUUCUCCGCUUCGUUAAAGAUGGAAGAAUCCACUGUUCUCUCGUCACCUCUAAAGCUAGAGUAGCACCGUUGAAGCUCACCUCGAUCCCUCGGCUGGAGUUGCAAGCAGCGGUGAUAGGCACUCGGCUCACUCGUACGGUCGUCGAAACCUUGGAUAUGCAGAUAACGAAGAAGUUUUACUGGUCGGACUCGAGAGACGUUUUGUGCUGGAUCAACUCCGACCAUCGGCGGUACACUCAGUUUGUCGAAUUCAGAGUUACGGAAAUUCUAGAGGCUACGGAAGUACAUGAAUGGCGAUACGUACCAAGCAAACUAAACGUAGCGGAUGACGCUACAAAGUGGAACGUGCUUCCCGAUCUAUCUGCUGAGAGUAGGUGGUUCAACGGACCAGAUUUUCUCUGGACAACGGAAGACAAAUGGCCACAGUCUGCAAUCCGGAACGAAUCCACAGACGCCGAACUCAUAGCAAACCUUUCUACACACCACGUUGUUCCAGAACCGAUCAUCUGCACCGCGGACUACUCCAGCUGGGAACGACUGAAAAAAAUAGUCGCGUGGGUACUGCGAUUUGCAGCAAACUGUCGAUUGAAACUACAAAAACUGCCGACUAAAACGGGACCGCUCGUCGAAAGUGAGCUGUCCGCAGCUGAAGCAUACCUGAUCCGCAUCGCGCAGCAAGACGGCUAUCCUGAAGAACUCUCCACCCUGCGGAAUAUGCCACAAAUCGUAGGAGAUCUAUCACCGCCGCUGCCGAAAUCCAGUUCACUGUACAAGCUGACACCGUGGCUGGACGAACGCGGUAUAUUACGAAUGAGAACUCGUAUCGCGGCCUGCCAGUACGCCACUGAAGACGCGAAGAAACCCAUAAUCCUACCUCGAAAGCACCACAUCACUACCUUAAUAAUAUCCCACUACCACAAUAGAUACCACCACCAAAAUCACGAAACAGUGAUUAACGAACUGCGGCAGAAAUAUCAAAUCGGCCGCUUACGCUCGUGCUUCAAACAAGUACGCAGAGAUUGCCAAAGAUGCAAGAACGAUGGUGCAACACCGAAUCCUCCAAUCAUGGCCGACCUACCUCCUGGUCGCCUAGCUGCAUUCUCUCGCCCGUUCACACAUACCGGAGUCGAUUACUUUGGUCCAAUUGAGGUCGUCGUCGGCAGAAGGGUCGAAAAACGCUGGGGGAUGCUUGCCACGUGUUUGACCGUUCGGGCUAUACACAUUGAAGUAGUCCACUCACUGACCACUAGCUCAUGCAUCAUGGCAAUCCGGAAUUUCGUCGCUCGGCGUGGCCGACCUCGUAAGUUCUACAGCGACCGAGGAACCAACUUUGUCGGAGCGGCGCGUGAAAUGAAGAAACUUGAAGAAGUGAUCGACCACGAUGAGAUCAUGCGGGAGUUCACCAGUACCGAGACCGAGUGGGUGUUCAAUCCCCCGCUGGCACCACACAUGGGUGGAAGUUGGGAGCGGCUGAUACGAACCGUGAAAAGCAACCUGAUGGCCGUCUGCACAACGAGAAAACCGUCCGACGAAGUGCUUCGAAACACUCUCACCGAAAUCGAGAACGUGGUAAACUCCAGACCACUAACACACGUGCCGGAAGAUGUCGAUUCCGCUCCAGCUCUCACCCCGAACCACUUCCUGCUUGGUUCAUCCAACGGAACGAAACCAUUAGUCACGAGUAAUGACUGUCGUCUCGCCCUGAAGCAGAACUGGUGCACCUCUCAGGUUCUGGCCAAUUUGUUUUGGAAGCGGUGGGUCUCCGAUUAUCUGCCAGAAAUCACCCGCCGGUCGAAAUGGUUCCAGUCUACGAAGCCUAUAGCUACUGGAGAUGUAGUGAUCAUCGUCGACCCUAAGAUGCCUCGGAGUUGUUGA